AACAUCCGGGCACACUUAAUAUCAUUCAGGAGCAUGGCGGCUCAAGCAGAAAAGACGCUUGCUGAAAUGCGUGUUGUUGAUUUGCGUCAGGAACUGGAGAUACGUGGUCUAGACAAGGCUGGUGUAAAAGCAGUAUUACAUGAAAGGCUUGCAAAGGCAUUAGAGGAUGAAGGGCAUGACCCGAGUGAAUACACUUUUGCAGUAUCGGAUACAACACCCAAAAAGACAGUAGAAGAAAUAAAAACUUCCAGAAGUGCAAGAUCGAAAGGAAAGUCAAAGGAAGAGGGGGGAGAAGAAGAAGAAGAAGAAGAAGAAAUGUAUGAAGAGGACAUCGAGGGUGAACCAGAUGAAAGUGAGGACAUUCUGGAGGAUGUUAUUGGGGAGGAUGUGGAAGCAGAGGAAAGGACAGACAUUGAACAAGUUGAAAUAGAGCCAGAGACAGUAGAUAAUGUCACUGAGAAUGAGGUUGAAACAGAAACUGAAAUUGAAAAUACUUCUGGGCAAGAAUUGGUGGAACCAGAGGAAGCCAAUGAAGCUGAUGUAAUUGAUGUGUCAGAGGCUGUGGAUGAGGAAGCCCCACAAGAUGAAGGUGAAAUGGCGAUGGAUGUCGGCCAGGAUGAUGCCAUAGUAGACUUGGAUGAGGAAUUUAUAGGGGAUGGUGAGGGAACAGUUGAAGGGGAAAUUGAAAUGAACGAAGCCGAAGGUGAAGCUGCCCCAGAAGAUGAUGCAGAUCCUGAGAUGGAGACUGAAAUUAUAGACGAAACUGAACCGGAGGCUGAAGCCGAGCCAGAGGAAGAAGAGGCUGCAGAACAGACAGAGGUUGUAACUGUUCCUGAGGUCAACCAGGUUCCUGCUCCUGUUCCUGCCCCAUCCCCUACAAAAUCCACUACACCAGCAAAGACCAAGGCCACUACCCCAGCAGCUAAAGCGACACCUGCACCUAAAACUACGCCAAAAGCAGUUGCAGCAAAAACUGCACCCAAGACGGCAACAGCAAAGUCAACGCCUGCAAAGACACCUGGAGCAAAGUCAGCAGCAAAAUCCCCUGCAGCGAAACCAGCAGUCACACCUAAAACUGCAGCAGCAGACAAACCUACGACACCAGUAAAGACAUCGGCUGCCCCAAAGGCCCAAACCAAGACUGCAACCCGAUCAUCCUCACCAAGAGUAGCUGCAGCUAAGGCAUCAACUGCAACACCCAAAUCUGCAGAUGCAACAACACCAUCAGCAGCAGCAGCAACAACAGCAAAGGACUCUUCUAAGGAUGAAAUCACCCUAUUUGAACCAACGGAUGAUUCUUUUGAUGUGCGUGUGGAUGACACUCAAGUGAAUGAGAUUGAUGCAGAUCUGAAAGAUGAAAAAGGAGGCGAGAAGGCUGCUGGUGCUGAUGCCACGGCAAGUGAAGAGGCCAAAGGAGAUGCAGGCGAGGCUGUCAAAGUGAAGACUGAGGACAAAACUAAGCCAGCUGACAAAAAGGAUGAGAAGAAACCUGAAGAUAAAAAAGAAGAUGCAAAACCUGCCAAGAGUUCCGAGGGCAAGGAAGGCAAGGAGAAAGAGACAAAGAGCAGCCAGCAUAGUCGCAACCUGUGGGUGAGUGGCCUGGCUUCGUCAACUAGAGCCACAGAUCUCAAGUCACUUUUCAGCAAAUAUGGGAAGGUUAUUGGAGCCAAGGUUGUGACCAACGCUCGCAGUCCAGGCUCACGAUGCUAUGGAUUUGUGACGAUGUCAACCGCAGAAGAGGCCUCUAAGUGUAUUCAGCACUUGCAUCGGACUGAACUGCAUGGGAAGAUGAUAUCUGUGGAAAGGGCAAAGAAUGAACCAGGUGGACCCAGCAAGGCAGCUUUACUAAAGAAGGCAGAAGACAAGAAACCAGCUGACAAGAAGGAGGCAGAGAAGAAAGAUGGUGAAAAGAAGGUAGAGAAGAAAGUUGAAAGGAAGGCUGACAACAGAGACAAUCGGUCCAAUAGACGUCCACAUCAUGAUGAACGUGCUAGAAGAGAAGCUAGACGCCCAGAGAAGAAACAUAAUGAUAAACAAACAUCUUCCACAGAUGCCAAGAGACAUCCAACAACAUCUCCUAAAUCAGCAGCAGAGAAGAAGAAAGCCGAAGAGAAAAAAGAUGAGAAACCAAAAGAAAAGGCGGUAAAGACAGAAGAGGGAGUAGAGAAGAAAGAGGAAGGCGGAGAAAAGGAUGAAAAGAAGUCUGAAUCAGGCAGAUCCCAGUCCAAGGAUCCUAAAGAUAUACUUUCCUUUGAGAAGAUCAAGGCUGAGCGGGAACGAGAACGUCUCCGACAAAAAGAGCGUGCUCUGCGUGAUGAGGAAAGGAGGAGACUGUCUGAAAUUGAGAGACAACGAACAAGACAGAAGCAGAUUCACUUACGUCAGCGAGAAGAAGCUAUUCGACUUGAACGGGAAAAAGAUAGACUGAGACUAGAGCGAGAAAAGCUUGAACGAGAACGUAUUGAAACAGAAAGACUGCGUCUGGAACGUGAAAGACUAGAGAGGGAGAGACUAGAACAACUCAGGCUUGAGCAACGAAGAUUAGAUGACCAGCGAAGAGCAGCCAAAAGACCAUUUGACAGUCGUGGUAGUCGCCAUGAUGAUGACUACUGGAGCAGCCCCCCUAAACGAUCCAUGUCUGACAGAUUGGAUAAUUAUGGGGAUUCUAGACGUGAGAAUCGUUUUGACCGAAGUGCUAAUACGGACAGGAAGGUGGAGCGAUAUGACAGGCGAGACAGUCGUACUGCAGACACUCGUGGUUCUAACAGGGGACGCAUUGAAGACCGAAAUGACAGAAGGGAUAUGCCAGUGCAGCAUGGACGUGAUAGGGAAGAACGGCAUGGAAGUGGCUUUGGAGAAGCCCAGAGAUAUUCUGAAACUAGAAACACCAGAGAUGACAGACGAGACACGCGAGACACACGGACACACAACCGCCAGGAAGAGAAUAGACGAGAUUUCAACAAAGGUCGAGAUGAUGACAGACGGAACACGAGAUUGCCUCAGCGCCAUGAUUCUCGCAGUGACUGGAAAUCAGAUAGAGACACAAGGGUGGUUGUAGCAAGUGGACGUGACACCUGGCAAGGACAGAGUGGCUCUGGGGUGCAAGAUGACAGACGUAGCAAGAAUUUUAAUUCUGGAUCUGGUAUGAUGUCAAAUGGUGCUAAUUCCAAUCAGCGACAGUCGUGGGGAAAUAACAGUGAUCGUAGCAAGAUAGACCAGUCCUGGGGCCAUGGUGUUGUGGACAACUCUGGGCCCCGGGGAGGAGGCGGUGACCGGUGGAUGGGUGGAGUACAGAGUACACAUAGUGACCGAGGAGGAGGAUUCAAACAUUGGGGGGAGUGGGGGUCUGAUGAACAACAUUGGGGGACCAGGACUGUACAUGGCUACCACCCCACAAAACCCAAACCUCAUGAUGAUGGGCAGCAUAACCAGACAACCAGAGGCACGCUACUUGCAACAAGGAACACUUCGAAGAUUCUAAAUGGAAUGUGUCUAAUGGAUGCACCUGCCGUAGCCUCUCCCGCAGGGAUAACAUCUGGCGUUCUCAUCCUGGCAGUCAAAUGCUCCGCAUGGAAUCCGAUGCAAUUCCUCAAGGAGUGCCUUGAGUUUGAACGGGAAGAUAACUAG